AUGGUAGUGGAUGAGGACAGCUUGAUGAUUCCCAUCAAUGAAGAUGCCUAUGAAGCUCUUAAGAAAAGAGAGGACUGUCUAAGUAAACUUGUUCAUGAAAAGUUUGCUUGUACAUUGACCUUCAAAGGAACAAAAUGCACGGUUGAAGUAUACAGAAAAAAAAUGAAGCAGGGGAUUGACAUUUGUGUUUGUAAGGAUGAUCUCACAAGACACAAGGCUGAUGCUUUGGUGAAUUCAGCCAAUCAAUUUCUUGAUCAUUCAGGAGGCCUUGCUUUAGCCUUUGUGAAUGCUGGAGGGCCAGAAAUACAAGCAGAAAGCAAUCAUUAUAUUCAAAAGCAUGGAAAACUGACAGCUGGCAAAAUAGCAGUGACGGGUGGAGGGAAGCUCCCUUGUAAAAAAAUUAUUCAUGCAGUUGGUCCAUUGUGGGUUGUUUCUGAAAAGGAAAGAUGUUGUGACCUACUUCAAGAAGCUAUUUUGAAUGUCCUGAAGUACGUUAGUAUGCAAAAAAAUGAUAUAAAGUCUGUGGCUAUCCCAGCAGUGAGUUCAGGUAUUUUUCAGUUCCCGCUCGAUUUGUGUGCUCAAGUGAUUGUAAAGGCUAUAAAGGAAUUUAUUGAGACAAGUCCACCAAGCUGUCUCAGGGAAAUUCACCUGGUAAACCCUUAUGAGCCUGCAGUUGCAGAAAUUAAGAAGGCCUGUGAAAAGUUUCUGGGUGAUACCAGUUCACUUCAGGAAACUCUUUCAGCUUCAUCAAGCCAGCUUUCAACUUGCAUCAAGCAUGGAGGUGUUCGCUUGACCAUCGUAAGAGGAUUCCUUGAAGAGCAGAAGACUACAGCUGUUGUUAAUUCUGUAUCUGUGAAUGGCGAGCCCUACUCUCCAGUUGCAAGAACACUGCUGCAAAAAGCAGGUUCAGCUCUUCAGGAUGAACUGAAGUCUCAUCUUAAAGAUCUUUUGUCUUAUAAAAUCUUAAGAACAAAAGGUUAUAAUCUACCCUGUGAGUUUGUGCUGCACAUUGUAUGGCCACAAUACCACCACCCAGUGCUUCUGUGUGAGGAAUUAAAAGAUGCAGUGACCAGAUGCCUGUAUUACGUUCAGGACUGCCAAUCUCCCUCAGUUUCUUUUCCAGCAACUGGCAUUUGCUCGUCAAUGCUGCCUAUUGAUGAGGUGGCACAGAUCAUGAUUGAAGAGGUUUUAAAUUUUGCCAGGGCACAGCCUGAGAAGAAGAUAGAUGUGCAGUUUGUCCUUUACCCAGAUGACAACGAUAACUAUCAGGUUUUCCAGAGAAAAUUUGAUUUGGUAACACACACACUGGGAAAAAGUCAGUAUUACAAGAGAAGUGAUCAUUUGAAUACAGAGUCAGGCAGUCGAAGUGUAAAAAAAGCUGCAAAUAGUGAGCCUGCUAUUGAACUUAAAGGGAACACACCUAUGGCAUUGGAAGCAGCAGAAUCGUGGCUCCAAAGCAUGAUACAAAUUGAGGGAAGUCACCAUGCUGUUAUUGAAAACAACUACAUUUUUAGCCUUGGUAGAAAGGAGUUUGUGGAUCUAUCUCAAGAGCAGCUUUCUAGUGUAUGUGUAUCAGAAGUGGUGAAAGGUGGAAAAGCAAGACUGGAAUUUUGUGGCCCUCCUGACGCUGUGAUUGGUGCGGUGCUCGCAACUGAAAAAUUACUGCUUCGUAUGCAAGAGGAGACUACAGCCAAACAAAAGGAACUGCUGUACUUAAUGAGCCAAGAAGAAGGACACCUUCACAAGACAAAUACUACUGAAUGCAUCCAGAUUUCACUGAUAGAAUCACACCUUCAGGAGUUUAAAGAGAGAGAGAAAGAGUUUGAAAAAGCUGGGCUUUGUGUUCUCAAGAUUGAAAAGAUACAUAAUCCUCUUUUAUCUGCUGCAUUCCAACAAAUGAAAAAAAAAGUAGAAGAAAACCAAUAUACCUACAAAACAACACACAAGUUGUACCAGCGUGUUCCGGUGCAGUUCUGUGACUUGGUGUGCCAGACUGGGUUUCACAGGAUGUAUUCUCCACCAACAGAACAAAAAUGUGGAGCUGGCAUCUACUUUAAAAGGAACCCGAAAAGUCUAAUCGAGGAUAAAAACACAUGGAAAACAGACUCUAAAAUGUAUGUGUUUGAGGCUGAGGUAUUAACAGGCUUAUACACUAAAGGCAACUCAUCUUAUAUUAUGCCACCAGCAGUGGAGGGGGAUGCCAUUAAGGUAUAUGACAGCUUGGUAGAUGAUGUAAACAAUCCUGACACCUUUGUCAUCUGCCAGAGUGCUCAGGCCCUUCCACGGUAUUUGUUGACUUGUUCCCAAGUGAGGGAGAUGUAUAUGGCCCUCUGA